UUAAUAAUCCAACUAUGCCCCUGUUUGUAUAAUCGGUUACCUGUAUAUGAAACUAUAAGAUCUUACAUAUGCUAUUCUCUCAUCUGUUUUUUUUCUCAAUUCACUUUUUUUUUACAAUUAUUUUCUUCUUUGCCGUACAUUUGUAAUUCUCUUCUGAUUCCUUGCUGUGUUCUUUCUAGUGGUUGUCGAUUUGUGUUCUUGGUUGGUUAGAGUUCGGUUUUGUCGUCCACAAUAUCUUUUCCUUCCUUCUCUCUUCAGUCGCAAUACUUCUCUCUUCCCUCUUCUCUUCUACGAUGCUUCAUAUUCUCUCGCCAACCUUCACAAUCUGGGUACAUCACGAAGAAAUUACAAAUCUUCCGAUCUCUUAAUUGGUCUCGCUAAAGAUGAGUGAUGUGAAUUUUCUUUGUUAAAAAUGCCUCUCUCUCUCUUUAUCUCACUGAUUUUGUUUGUUUUGGGAUUGGAGGAGGCAAAGCGUGCGUCCAUGGAGAUGGGAGACAUAUGUAAUGUGGUUGUCGUGAGCAAGAGGAGACGUCUUGAGCUCGCAUCCGUCUCGACCCAUUGUCACCGGUCUCGAGCUUGCCCACGUCACCACCGGUCUCAAGCUUGCCCCUGUCACCACCGGUCUCAAACUCGUCCCCGUCGUCAUCGGUAUCUGGUGCUGGGGAUGGAGACAGAACAGAGGAAGACAUCGAGAAGAGAGGCAAAGGAGGAAGGAGGAGGUGGCAGCAAAGAGAUUAGAGCUUCCGCGGUGGAUUGCGUGGAGGAGAGCUCCGACUUCGAGCAUGCCGAAGAUUGACGAAGAAGGAGAAUAAUGGAGGAGGCCCGUUUCGAAAUAUGUGCUCAUUUUCGAUCCAACGGUUGAUAGUAGUGUGGACAAAUAAUAAGAUGUUUUAUGAGCCUCAUGUUUUACAAUACGUAAAUUGAUCUAUUUUUUUAUCAGUCA